AUGAGUUACUACAAUCAGCAACAACCCCCUGUUGGUGUCCCUCCUCCCCAAGGUUAUCCUCAAGAAGGGUACCCCAAGGACGCAUACCCUCCACCAGGGUACCCACCACAAGGCUAUCCCCCCCAGGGCUAUCCUCCACAGGGCUACCCUCCUCAGGGAUAUCCUCCCCAAUACGCCCCUCAGUAUGCCCAACCACCACCCCCUCAACAACAAUCAUCUAGCAGCACUACUCUCAUGGAAGGCUGUCAGAUCUUGGCGAUUGGGUUAUUAGAGGGUCCAUUCCAUGGCCGGUGUGUGCUUGCUAACGUGCGCUGUGUGGAGUUUUGGGUUGGGCCCCAUGGCCACAGGCGAUCGGCGUCUCCGUCGAUCUCUAUGGUGAAAGAGAUCGCGUCAUUUGAAAACUUUUGGUCGUUCUUGAGAUCUAGAUUCCAAUAA